GGCGGAAGCGUUGGCGGGAUGGGGCGGUGCGGGGCCACCGUGCGCCUGGCCCUGGAGGGGAACAUCGCCGUGGGGAAAUCGACGUUCCUGCGGCUGCUGGCUGCCACCUUCCCCCAGUGGCACUUGGUGACCGAGCCCGUGGCACAGUGGCGCAAGGUGCCAGCCGGCGGCACGGCGGAGGCGCUCGUGGGCUCCACCAACCUUCUCCAGAUGAUGUACCAGGACCCAGCCCGCUGGUCCUACACCUUCCAGACCUUCUCCUGCCUCAGCCGGCUGAAGGCGAUGCUGGAGCCACCAGCCGAGCACCCCCCUGGGACCCCCCACCCUGUGCAGGUCUUUGAGCGCUCCAUCUACAGCGACAGGUACGUCUUCGCCAAGAACCUCUUUGAGGCCGGGCACCUGCAGGCGCUGGAGUGGGCCAUUUACCAGGAGUGGCACGGAUUCCUGCUGCGGCACCUGACGUCCCACGCCGCCCUCCACGGCUUCCUCUACCUGCGGGCAACGCCGCAGACGUGCCUGGAGCGGCUGCGGCGGAGGGCGCGGAGCGAGGAGGGGGGCAUCCAGCUGGGAUACCUGCAGCAGCUCCAUGCCCAGCACGAGCACUGGCUGGUGGAUAAGACCACGGAGGUCCACUUUGCCGGUGUGAAGCACGCACCUGUCCUGGUGCUGGAUGUGGACAAGGACUUCGAGCACGACGCGGACGUGCAGGGUGUCCUCAUGGCACAGGUGGAGGCUUUCGUGACAGCACUGCGAGCUGAAGCUUUCCCGUCGCAUCCCGACCCUCUGUGA